AUGGAAGGACUAGAGGCCCCGGAACCAAACCAGGAUAUUCACGGCGGAAGUGGGUUACUUAAUCUGGAAUCUGGAGAGGACCAUGCAACACUGGUGAAAGUAAGGGUAGAGGAAUGUUACUUUAAACUUGAACGGACAAUACUAGCAAAAUAUAGCGACUACUUCAAAGCACUUUUUCAGUCGGGAAUGGUUGAAAGCCACCAGGAAGAGCUGCACUUAAAAGGUGGAGUAAAGGCAAGGGGUUUCCUCAUUGCCCUUGCUGUGUGCAGGGGUGAACUUCCAACACUUUCUGACCCUGACGAGCUAAUUGACGCUGUUGAAUGUGCCGCCUUUUUGCAAGUACCAAAGCUAGCUCAACAUCUCUGCGACAUCAUUGAUUCAGACAACUGCCUAUUGCUGUAUUACACUUCAUAUGUUUUUGGUUUGCAUUCAGUGUCCCAUAGUGCUGCAAUGUUUCUUAGCGAUGCUUUUGAAGACCUCAAGGAUGCAGCCGAAACGCAGCUUCCGGAAAACUUACUACAAUAUGCCCAAACAUUAUCCCCAGCUACUUAUAUCGCAUUAGGGACCCAUACCCCAUCAAUGGAGCUUUUGAAUGACUCCUUCAGGGUGGUUUGUUACCUUGAUGAAAAUGAACAAGAAUGGAAACAUCUAACUAGCCUACCAACGCUUUGCAGCACAUCUAUGGCAGGCGUGGCAGUACUCGACAACCGAUUGUACAUUGUCGGUGGAGUUUAUGGUUAUAAGAAGGAUACAGUUGAUCGCAGUUUUUGCUAUGAUCCCGAAACAGGAUUAUGGACUGAGCUACCUGGUCCGCAGCAACCUCGGUACAAUUUUACCUUGUUGGGACAUGAGGGGAGACUCUAUGCGAUAGGAGGAGAGCUUCAAGGUCGCUGUAUUGCAACUGGGGAAAGUUAUGACGUCAACAAAGAACAAUGGAGUUUUAUACAGCCCACUCCCAGGCCUGUAGGAUCAGCUGCUUUUGCUGUUGUCAGACGUAGGAUGUUCGUUUGCUUCUGGAAACCACCUGAUACGACAGAUAUCUAUGAGUACCUCCCAGCUAAAGAUGAAUGGAAACUGACCACAACGAUGAUAAAACCUCAAAGUUAUGGUCACUGCAUGGUAGCCCACAGGGACAACUUGUACGUGAUACGAAACGGGCCAUGUGAUGAUUUCUUGAGAUGUCUUAUGGAUUGCUACAACAUCACAACAGGGCAAUGGACAGCAAUGCCAGGGCACUACAUCAACAGCAAGGGGGCGCUGUUCACUUCAAUGAUAAGAGGUGAUUCUGUGUUCACAGUGAAACAUAUGCUAACACUUGAAUAUAAAAUAACUACGCAAGGUUGGAAGCCAUACAGACAAAUGAAAGGAUUCCCAAAAAGCGGCUCACUUUGGACAUGCUUACUGAGGCUUCCCAGCACAGGACCAGUGAUCCCAAAGACGGCCACACAGGGAGAGAAUGGAGAAAUGCCUUUGCCAGACAGAUCCGAGGGAUUUAUGGAGGCUAUGCUAGAACUGUGA